AUGGACGGUAAAGUCAUUGGACCGGGUCCGUACAGAGCGACCAAGCUGUGGAAUGAAACCAUUAAACUCUUCCGCGGAGGCAUGCCACUGAGAAGGCACUGGGCGCACUUCCGCUACUAUGAGUGCAGUUUCACGGGAUCCGAGGCGGUGGAUUAUCUGCACGAGCUGCUGAGGCGCAACUACAACUUUGGGCCCGAGGUGACGCGCUACCAGACUCUGCAGCUGCUCAGGAAGUUCCUCAAGGCCCACGUCGUUGAAGACAUCAAAGGACGCCAUGGGACCGAGGACUUUGUAGACAACGGGCACCUGUACAGGUUCCCCACCUCGUCCCCGCUGAAGUCUUUUCCAACGAGGCCUCUGUUAAGAGACAGCAGUGACCUUCCUCGACUCAUUCGCUGGGACGACUAUGAAGAAUUGCCUCAGAGGGAAAACAUUGCACCCCUGAAGUCAUCCGUCAUGACCUCGGAUUUGUGGAAUAAAAGGCACAGUGUUGCCAUCGGGGAUGUGAAUGAGUGCAAGCUCAUACGACGGAAGGAGAUCACUCCAAAGCAAGUGGACCACAUCUGGAAAACAAUGACAGUCGCACAUUUACAGAGCGUGCUGGGCCUGCAGUCCUUGGACGGAGUUUUAAACCCCGCGCAUGUCAACGGCAAGCACAUUGUUCACAAUGUGUUCAGCGUAAAUAAGACGGGCAUCGUCGUGUUGGAGAACAAAGCCGAGGACAUGCCUUAUUGGGUGGCUUCAGCAAUGAAAUGCCUCGCCAAUUGGCCUAAUGGCAAUGAGAGCAAACAGCCACUGUACCCGGGUUUCGAGAGGGAUGUUCUGAGAACUGUAGCGGAUUAUUUUCAGAGGCUCAAAGAACCCCUGCUGACUUUCCAUCUCUAUGAAGUCUUUGUCAACAUCCUCAGUCUGCUGCACGAGCAGCAAGAAGCCGCAGAGGCUCUUCAAGUCAGCUGCCUCCUGCUGCCGCCGCCCAACCGGAGACGCCUCCAGCUGUUGAUGCGUCUCAUGGCGCGGGUCUGCCAGAACCCCCACCUGCCGCCACUCAAUGACGCCAUUGCUACCCGCACACUGAUGGUGCAGAUGUUCUCUCACUGCGUCCUGGGCUCAGUGGAUGAGAUGGACUUGGAUGAGCUGCUUGCCACCAAACUGGUGAUCUUCAUGAUGGAGCACCACAACACCAUCUUCCAAGUUCCUUCCAAGCUGCGUUGCCAGGUCGAGGAGCACCUGUCCCACCUCAAAAGAGUUCAAAUCAAAUACGCAGGUUCAGAAACCGACUUCAGUGCAUCUCCAGCUUUCUGUAAACAGAUCAGCCGGGUGGAGUGUGAGGAGCGGACGGUGAUCGGAACCCAGACCCCUCUGCAGGCGCUGCUGGAAGGCCUGAUUGCAGACAAAGAACUCCCCGCCAAGGACAAGAGGAAACGGCUGAAACAGUUCCAGAGGUCGUACCCAGAAGUCUACCGCAGUCGAUUUCCCACCGAGGAGAGCAAAGCUGCCGUCGUGCCUGAGAAAACCCCCCGGCUCAAACCUCACCUCAUGUUCUUCAACCUCAAGAAACCCUUCCAGCCCUUUCAGAGGAGCUGGAGCUUCAGGGCGUGACCCCCCUCCAGCUGCACCUGGGCACCAGGAGACCAAGAACAAUGUGGUCGGUCGCGGUGCCCUGACCGCACUUAUGGUCACAAGGAAAGCACUGCUCAACCACCAGAGUGACUUUAAAGGCCAGUACACACAAUAAUACUAAUUAUUAUUAAUAAUACAACAUUCACUCUGACACCCAGGUCAAACUGCAUGUGGAUGGUGGAACAAAGUAUAUAAUGAUACACUAUAAGAACCACGGAUGGUUCUUAAAAUGAACUUUAAUAGUUGUGUAUUGGUACAUUUUUCUACUAGGAUACUGUAUGCUAGAAAUAUCUAAUGAUGGAUGGCAGUGACUGACGAUGUCCCCAAUGUAACGGAAUUGAAUGGAAUAAGUUUCAAAUGUAUUAAUAUGCCAGGUGUUAACAUUAUAGGUCGUGAAAUGUUAAUGAGCAAGUGCACUCUGAAACCAUUUCUAUAGUUUUGCACUAUAACAAAAUCAAUAUAGAUCUUCAAACCGAUUAUGUAAUUUCAGGCGAUUUCUUUGUGUUUUACUUUUUGAUCAAACGGUCAUUAAUAUGCUGUAUCUGGGCAACUGGGCCUGAUCCUUUUUAAAAAUGUAUGUUUAUCUUUUUGUAUGUUUAUCUUUUUGUGAGAGGAAGUGUGCGUACGCGUUAUUACAUAACUGAUACUUUGUCACAACAGACGAGGGGAAAAUCUUCAAGACGUGGUGGAAUAUUGUCGAUGUUUAAAUUUACUGUAAAACGUGCACUACUACGUCUGAAAUAUUGACCUGCUGAAUCUUAAUCUCAGAACAAGGGGAAGAAGAGGCAAACAUUUCACUGGAUACACAAUGUCCUCUCUCUUCACCCUCCUUCCACCUUCUGGACGGGUCCUGCUGGAUGUGAUCUCUUGUUUUCACGUGUUUACAUCAGCUCUCGUCUUGACGGGUACAUUCUUAAAGUGUUAAAUACUCGUCUUUUACUGUUUGUCAAUGACCUGCUGUCAUGUCAAUCAGGUUGUUUUUCCACUUAAUUUUGGUUUAAUAAUAAGUGAUAAUGCUAAAUGUGUUUUUAUAUAUGAAUGCUCUUGAACAAAUGUCAUAAUGCUGGAAUAACUGUUACACUUGAAUUGCUGCUCUGUGCUGGAACAACUAACAGGAUCAAAGUGAAUCCAUGUUUAGGCUGAUUUCUUUUUUUUUUUCCUAUAAACAUGCUAAUUUGCAAGAGUAACUGUUUUGAUUUUCAUUCUCCAGGUUUAUAGUUAGUUUUUACACAAGGGAUGAUUUUAUAUUUUACAUGCAGGCAUCUCGUUUUGAUGGAACCGAUGCAUAAACUUAACUAAACUUCCUCCAGCAAAGCAUUCUGUGUAAUUCCCUGUACAACAGUAACACAACAGUUUAUUGUUGUUGAUGGAAGUCUUGAUUUCUAUUUUUAUUUCAGGCCCAGUCUGGAG